CCUGUCAGUCACAUAUACCGGAAGAAAUGGCGACGAGUAUACUGCGGCUCCCGCUGCGACUUUCCACCAGAAAAACGGCGAUAAUGAGCCGUAACACUGGCUUGAAAGCAUCAAACAUACCCAGGACGACUCCAAUCCGAACUGCAGUAUCGACGCCUUCGGGGGCAAUCCUACCGAAACCGGAUAAAACACCAUUUGGUCUUAUCCGUAUGACAGUGGUGGUGGUGCCUUUCCUGUAUGUUGGAACUCUGAUCAGCAAGAACUUUGCCGCUCUUUUGGAGGAACAUGACAUCUUUGUCCCUGAGGAUGACGACGACGAUGACUGAGCUUACCAAAGAAAAUGAAUGGGUGCUUUGCAAUACUGACUGAGAGCAUACCAGCCAGCACGGGGACAAUGGGGGAGAUGGGGCACUUUGACUUCCAAAGACAUCCCUCUACCUCCACCCAUCUCCUUCCUCUGCUACUUAUCUUGUUUUCAUUGGAACCAUUUAAGAAAUCUCAUAUCAUGUGAGGCUGUCAAAACUGCUAAUUAUAGCCUCACUCUUGUUUGCAUGUUUGUGUCUGUCAACUCAUUCAACUCAAUAAAUUACAUGUGGAAAACA